AAUGCUGCGCAGUACAGAAAGCUACAUUUCAGAUAAAGACCAUUUAAACACAAUUUGUGACGAAUUUGGAGUGGGUUCGACAAAAGUUUCAGAAGUGUGUAAAGAAAUAUGUACAAAUCUGAAAAGCAGAUCCGAAGAAAUUUUAAAAGUAUGGCCAGCAUACCGUAGAAGUAAUCCAUAUAGGAUUGUUUUCGUUGUCAUUACAAAAUCAGCAGUUACGUCGAAAAAAGACGUUAACAUUUUUGAAGAUUUUGAAGUUCUUCUUCGAGGGAAAACAGAAAAAAAUGUAGAGAAUAAACAAGUUAUAAAUCAUGAAGUUGAUUCACUGACACGUAUCGACCUUUCACAAAUGGAGAAAUUACGAACAGUGAUAAAAGAUCAUUCAAAGACUCUUAGAGAACAACAUAGCAACAUAACUAUGAUUUCAGCAAGUCCCUUUAAAUCAAGAGGAUUCAUGAAAGGAAAACACACAUUGGAAAGAAAGGAUUGUGUUGUAUUAUACGUACAUGUAAAAGGAUUAAUUCCUGUACAAGAAACUUGCUUCCCCGACGUCUUAGAUGGUUUCCCUGUCGAUGUCCGCGAGGCAGUAAUUCAACUUUAUGCUGGCGGACAGCCAAGUGAUAGACAUGACCAGUUAAAAAUGGGAUGCGCUAUAGGUCCACAGGACAGAAAAUGCACUGGAACACUUGGUGGGUUUGUUGAUAUUGCUGAACAUGGACUGUGUGCAAUUACAUGUGCUCAUGUUGUCAUUGAGGAAGAUAAUUUGAAAUCAAAAGUGCUAAAAGAGACGAUUUGUUUUCAACCUAGCAUCGAGUACAGUAAUUCGAAACGUUGCGGUAAAGUUGUAAAUCACUGUUUCAGUACACGUUCUGAGGAAAAAAGUCUUGACGUUGCAGUUAUCAAACUUGAUAAAGAAAGAAGCCCAGUCAGCGGUCAGUUUCCUGACAUCAGUAAGAAAGACUUGAUUAAAGCUGGGUUUGAUGAAAAUCAAACACUUCAAUUUACCUCGGGAAAGGUUUAUGAUUCAAGCGACAUAAAGGAAAAUAGAGACAGCCGGCUUAUAAAAUAUGGUGCUUCUUCACGUUUAAGGAUUGGAGAAUUUAGAUUUCUGGGAGCAGAUAUAGCAAAGGGACCAUUGAUGUAUUCCGGAAAUAUUGAACUGAUCUUAGAUAACCUUAUGCAGAUUUAUGACAUAGAAGGAUGUGGUCCUUUUGCGGAAAAGGGUGACUCCGGAUCACUUGUGUUCAGCGUAUCUAAUAGCGAUAGUGAACUUACUGCUGUCGGAAUGCUUCUAGGAGGAGAUGACGGCUUUUCCGUUGCAACACCGAUCUGUGAUGCACUCUAUGGAAUCGGAUGUGCUGCGCCAUGUAAUCUGAAAUGUUUUGAUAUGGAAACAAACAGAAAAGAGGGAAUGUUAUAUGUUAGGAAUGUAAAAUUCUAGAUCUGUCAGUGCAUGUUGUGAUGGCUGAGUGUCAAAGCUUUUUAUUAGCUCACCUGAGCACAAAGUGCUCAAAGGUGAGCUUUAGUGAUCACACUGUGUGCGGCGUCCGCCGUCGUCCGUCCGUCCGUCGUCAACAAUUUGACUGUUAACACUCUAGAGGUCACAUUUUUGACCCAAUCUUAAUGAAAUUAAUCAGAAUGCUAGCCUCAAUAAAAUCUUGGACGAGUUUGAUAUUAGUUCAUCUGGGGUCAAAAACUAGGUCACCAGAUCAAAUCAAAGGAAAAGCUUGUUAACACUCUAGAGGUCACAUUUUUGGCCCAAUCUUAAUGAAACUGAGUCAGAAUGUUAAUCUUAAUAAAAUCUUGGACGAGUUCGAUAUUGGGUUACCUUGGAUAAAAAAUAGGUCACCAGGUCAAAUCAAAGGGAAAGCUUGUUAACACUCUAGAGGUCACAAUUUUGGCCCAAUCUUAAUGAAACUUGGUCAGAAUGUUAUCCUUAAAAAAGUCUUGGACGAGUUUUAUAUUGGGUCAUCUGGGGUCAAAAACUAGGUCAUCUGGUCAAAUCAAAGGAAAAGCUUGUUAACACUGUAGAGGUCGCAUUUAUGACUAUAUCUUCAUUAAACUUGUUCAAAAUGUUAAUAUUGAUGAUCUAAAGGUUCAGUUCUAAUCUGGAUUAUGUAGAAUCAAAAACUAGGUCACCCGGUCAAAUCAAAGGAAAAGCUAGUUAACGCUGUAUAGGCCACGUUUAUGACUAAUAUAUAUAUUAAUGAAACUUGGUCAGAAUAUUAAUCUUGAUGAUCUUUAGGUCAAGUUUAAAUCUGGAUCAGCUGGGUUCAAAAACUAGGUCACUAGGUCAAAUCAAAGGAAAAGCUUGUUAACACGGUAGAGGCCACAUUUAUGACUGUAUCUUCAUGAAACUUAGUCAGAAUGUUAAACUUGAUGAUGUUUAGGUCCAGUUCGAAUGUGUGUUAUGUGGGGUCAAAAAUUAGGUCACCUGGUCAAAUCAAAGGAAAAGCUUGUUAACACUCUAGAGGCCACAUUUAUGACUGUAUCUUCAUGAAACUUAGUCAGAAUAUUAAACUUGAUGAUCUUUAGGUCAAGUUCGAAUCUGGGUCAUGUUGGAUCAAAAACUAGGUCACGGGGUCAAAUCAAAGGAAAAGCUAGUUAACACUUUGGAGACCACAUUUAUGACCAUAUCUUAAUGAAACUUGGUCAGAAUGUUAAUCAUGAUGAUCUUUAGGUCAAUAGGUCAGGUGAGGGAUACAGGGCCUUCAUGUCCCUCUUGUUUGACCUUCUUGUCCUUAAGUGCAAUGAUAACAGGUGAGCGAUAUAGGGCCAUUAUGGCCAUCUUGUUUCAAUGAAUGUUAGUCAUUUUCUUGUAAUUUAAGCUAUCAAUUGUCGAUAGGAAUAAUAAUAUGUACAAACUGAUUUCUUUUUAAACGAUAUUGUCAAACAAAUAUAUUUAUUUUUUUCAAAUGAUGUAGUAAGCUACGUGAAACGAUAACUUAAAUCUCUUUAAGUCUUUUACCCUAUAUGAUAGUGACUAUAACAGAAGAACUGGUGUUAACGAGCUUAAUGUUAUCAACAAACGUAAUAUAUGUUAUGUUGUCACGGUUGCUUCCAUGUCUAAGUGGGUAAUCUUUCUGGCACACGCGAAUGUAGUUUCGAAACAUCAUCUAGAUUGUAGAAGUUUUGGCUUACUGAAAGUCAUUGGUUCUACUCAAGCGUCUGUCUGCGUCUGAAUUAUAACCGGGGCAUCUUCUUUCAUCAUAACAGAGAAAGUCGCUAUAUGUACCAAUGUUUGUCUGUGUGACUUAAAACAAAACAUUUAACAUAACAUGCGAUAUUUUCUUCUAAAAACGGUAGAAUUUCAGGAGUUUUAUCAUUGAAGUAGAUAAAAGAAAAUCGUUUUGAUGUGAUCCUUGACUCAUUGAUCAAUACUUAUUUAAAACAUACAUUGCUUAAGUUUAAUAGUAAUGAAAUGUUAAAAUUAUAUCACGUUCCCCUGUUAGAUAUACAACUUUUUUGUAUCUAAAUUUCCCACGAUAACUCGCGGUGAUACUUAGAACAUUUCACGUAUUACUUAAAUAAAUAUACGAGUUGAAUGUAGGGAUAUACACGGUUCAUUUUAGGGUAGUAUACAUAUAUAUGUACCAAUUCAAAAGAAUGAUCCUUAGUUACGUUAGGCUCUAGCCCUGUUUGUAGUGGAACUAAACCGCCAAUUACCGUUUGCAUACCAGUCUGGUGCCUGGCAUUAGAAAUAGGAAUCGGGAACUAAGGCAUGUCAAUAUAUGUAAGUGUCUUAAAAGCUAGAACAGAUGCCCCUUUUAGUAGGGGUGACUAUAAUCAACAAACACUUCACUUUACUCUUAUAUUUGUUAGGACUAUUCAAGUUGUACAAUAAAUAUAUGAAUAUAGAAUCAGGCACAGGCAGACGCCUGAGUAGAACCACUUACUUACAUACAUUGUGUUUUAUUAACCGUAUACUCAUACUCUUUUUGCUACAAUCCAAAGCUGAUUUAAGAAUCAUUUGUUGAUUAAGAAAACUUUUUGUUAUCAAAUUGUCUUGAAAAGCACAGGGAUCGAGCUCGCUACCUCUCGAAUUCAAAUUAUUGCAUUUUACUUGCCGCACUAGCAAACCAGGCUUACAGAUGUUUGUACGUGCGUAUGAUUGAAAUAAAAUAGAAAAAUCAACAAAGAGUUAAUACUGGAAAAUGCAUUGGGGACGAUGUCGGACUAAUUCAUAGAUGUUUCUAUGAAAGGUCAAGCUUUAAUAACUUUCAUAACGUUCAUAAUGAACAGCAGGUAAACAUACGUUGUUGGUAAACUUUUAAAAGUAUGGGCAUAUAUUGUGGCCGUAUCCGAAUUACUUCCCUUUUUUUUAUUAUUAAAUAUUUAGACACACUGAUGAGCCAUUCACGACGAAACUAUUUGUGACUUUUCAUAAAAAAAAUAAGCGUGUGAAUUCAUUUUAUAAUUUUACGAUAAGACUGACACUAACUCGUCUUUGAGAUAAAAAGAAAUGUAAAAUUGUCACGGAAGAUAAUUGAAAAUUAGAAAUCCUUGCUCCACCUUGAGUGUGAAAUAAGUACUUUUCAUAUUAUAUACUAUGUAUGUACUCUGUUUGAUAAAAGAAUUAAAGUAUUCAUUGCAUUAUUGUGACCAUCACAAAAUUUCUGAUGAAAACAUUUUAAGCGUAUCAUUCCACACAGGAAAGCUAGGAAAAGUCAACAACUAGACUGCGGAAGUUAAGCGUUAAUGAAAUAGAGCAAAAGUUGGAACUUGUCGGACUUAGUAAAACGUAUGCUAAACGUUAAAAGAGGAUUGUGGUAAUUUUUUUGUGUGGUAAAACUGACAUAGUAAAACACAUUCAAGCAUUUCAAAUUUGGAAACUGAUGUAUCUUCUAUGUUAAUCGUGUGAUGGAAUAGUACUAGGAACCUCAAGAACAUUAUAUUGUAAAAUUGUUGACCUGCUGGACUGUACCUUAAACGAACGUAUGAAAAAUCUACGCACAUGCAACAGUCACGCGAACAGCCCCAGUGUGAUAUCCCACAAUGGUUUAAUGAACAUGAACAAUGUAAGGAAUAUUACACAUUUUUGAAAGUUUUAGGACAAUUAGCAUUUUAAACUUUAUUCAGUGAAACAAAGGCGUUUAUGCUCCGCACUGCGGUGCUUUUGUUUAUUCUAGACUACCUUUUGGCCGAAUAAAUACUGCACAUGCAGCUAACGAACCAACACGUAUCGGUGUUCACUGUCAUAACAUUGAAAACGUCUGAAAAUAUAUGAUAUGCAAACCAAAAUACCGAGGUGAUUCUAUACAAUAAAAGUCUUUUAAAGUCUAUAUAACAAUUUCCGAAAUCUACUGUCUGGAAAGGCCAUAUUUUUGCUCGUAUUUGGCUAUACCAAAAUAUCCAUAUUUUUCAUAUUGGACGGGACAACUCCUCCAUUUACUAAAUGCGAGGAGUCGAUCUGAAUUUCUUCCCUUGGAUAAUGUAUUUCGUCUUCCGACACCACGAUGAUAGAAAUAAAAUCUGGGAUAGCUACUUUCUUAUUUCUGAUCAAAGCAUAUAAGUGUGUGCGCUUGGUUUCUAAGUUAAAACAUUCUUAUCCGAUGGUCAUGGUUUCGGUUAAUACUUUGAGUACUUUGAGGAAAAGUUGUUUACAUUUGUUGCACUAGAGUAACACAUGAUAACGCACACA